GGCAGUUGAAAAGUUUACGCAGAAUUAUCAACACUCUGCGAGGUGCCGCAUGAUGGGGCACAAAAACUUAACAGACACGCCCCCAAAAGUCCAGCCAUAUAAAUGGAAGCGACAGGCCGCAACCGCAAACUAGUUCCUGACCAACAUUUAGUGGAAAAGCUAACCGAAAAAAGACAAAUGGACAGCCAAGUGCAGAAGGAUACGGAGUCGGAGAUGGAGAUGGACAUAGCUCGAACCUUUGAGGACAUGAUGCGGGUGCCAGUUCAGUUCUAUCGGAGCAUUGGCGAGGACAUCUACGCCCAUCGAUCGACCAGUCCGUGGCGGUCGCUGCUGCUGCAUAUCUACCUGUAUGCGGGCUUCAUUAACUUCAAUCUGCUGGUGAUUGGGGAGCUGGUCUUCUUCUACAAGUCGAUACAGGACUUUGAGACCAUUCGGCUGGCCAUUGCGGUGGCUCCCUGCAUUGGCUUCUCCCUGGUGGCCGACUUCAAGCAGCUGGCGAUGGUUUACUACAAGCAAACGCUGAUCAAGCUGCUCGACGAGCUGGAGGAGAUGCACCCAAAGACGCUGGAGCGGCAGCGCGCCUACAGGAUGGCCGACUUUGAGCGCACCAUGAAGCGGGUGAUCAACAUCUUCACGUUCCUGUGCCUGGCCUACACCACCACCUUCUCGUUCUAUCCGGCCCUCAAGGCCUCGGUGAAGUUCAAUUUUCUCGGCUACGAGACCUUUGACCGCAACUUUGGCUUCCUCAUUUGGUUCCCCUUCGACGCGACGAGCAGCAAUUUGGUCUACUGGAUCGUCUACUGGAUUAUAGCCCACGGCGCGUAUCUGGCCGGCAUCGCCUUCCUCUGUGCGGAUCUGCUGCUGAUUGUGGUCAUCACCCAGAUCUGCAUGCACUUCAGCUACAUUUCGAUGCGGCUGGAGGAGCACCCGUGCGAGCCCGGCAGGGACAAGGAGAACGUAGAGUUUCUGGUCUGGAUCAUUCGCUACCACGACAAGUGCCUCAUCCUCUGCGAGCAUGUGAACAGCCUGUACAACUUCUCGCUGCUGCUGAACUUCCUGAUGGCCUCCAUGCAGAUCUGCUUCAUUGCCUUUCAGGUCACCGAAUCCACCGUGGAGGUGAUCAUCAUCUACUGCAUUUUCCUGAUGACAUCGAUGGUUCAAGUGUUUCUCGUCUGCUACUACGGCGACACUUUGAUUGCAACGAGCUUGCAAGUUGGCGAUGCUGCCUACAAUCAGAAGUGGUUUCAGUGCGGCAAAACCUACUGCCAAAUGCUCAAGAUGCUGAUCAUGCGUAGCCAGAAGCCCGCAUCGAUUAGACCACCGACAUUUCCCCCAAUAUCAUUGGUUACCUACAUGAAGGUCAUCAGCAUGUCGUAUCAGUUCUUUGCCUUGUUGAGGACAACCUACAGUGAUAAUUGAAACUGAAACUAAAAUUAUUAUUCCCUUAUAGCUAUAUAGAUAUAGAUUUGCUUCCCUUGCCGACACUGCUCUUUAUUUCUGAAGCAUUCGAACUUAAUGAUGCCCUCGACACGCUUUGAUAAUAUUUAAUUAAAAAUCGCAUUUAAAAUUAAUAAGCUUAAAUGGAAACCAAUAGCGCCUGGCCGAGCACAAAUGCCGAGUGCAAAUCCCAGGCAGAACCCAGAGAGAAAGACAGAGAGAGCAGGAGAGAGAGCAGGAGAGAGCAGGAGAGAGAGAGAGAGAGAAACACGUACAGAAAAUGUGAGGCCAAACUUCAGGUUUUUUUCAAAAGGAAUAUUACAUCACAAACAAAACAAAAAAAUCAAACGAAAAAAAAAACACA